UGCAUAUUUCUUUUAUUUAAAAGAAAUGAGUGUAACUGAUAUUGCAUUGAGGGUUGAAACCUGGCUUUUAGCUACUUGGCAUGUUAAAGUACCUCACAUGUGGCUGGAAGCUUGUAUUAACUGGAUCCGAGAAGAACAAAAUAAUGUUAAUUUGAGUCAGGCCCAAAUGAAUAAACAAGUGUUUGAGCAAUGGCUUCUUACUGAUCUGAGAGAUUUGGAACAUCCUCUUUUACCUGAUGGCAUUUUAGAAAUUCCAAAAGGAGAACUGAAUGGAUUUUAUGCUCUGCAGAUUAAUUCCUUGGUUGAUGUAAGCCAACCUGCAUAUUCCCAGAUACAGAAGUUGAGAAGAAAGAAUACAAUGAAUGAUCUAGUUACAGCUGAAACACAAGUAACCCAAAGACCUUGGGAAGCAAAACCUUCACGAAUGUUGAUGCUACAGCUAACUGAUGGAAUUGUACAAAUGCAGGGAAUGGAAUAUCAGCCUAUUUCAGCUCUUCAUAAUGAUCUUCCUCCAGGCACAAAAAUUUUGAUUUAUGGAAACAUUUCUUUCCGUCUAGGUGUUCUCUUAUUGAAACCAGAAAAUGUGAAGGUGUUGGGAGGUGAAGUAGAUGCUCUUUUAGAAGAAUAUGCCCAAGAAAAAGUACUUGCAAGAUUAAUUGGGGAACCCGAUCCUGUAGUUUCAGUCAUACCAAAUAAUUCUAACCAAAAUAUCCCUAGAGUUACAGAAGUUGUAGAUACUAUGUUAGGACCUUCUGAUGAAGAACUCUUAGCAAGUCUUGAUGAAAAUGAUGAGCUUACAGAAAAUAUUGACGACUCAUUGAAAAGAAGAUAUUUCACCACAGGUAGUUCCUCAAAUGUUAUUUCCACAAGACAGUCAAAUUUUGAACCAGAAUUUGUUAUUUCUCCAAGACCAUCUAACCAAUCUAUGUAUUUCACGGAUGGGGAAUUAGAUGACUUUUCAUUGGAGGAGGCCUUGCUUUUAGAAGAAACUGUUCAGCAAGAACAGAUGGAAACUAAAGAAUUGCAGCCAUUGACUUUGAACAGAAUUGCAGAUAAAAGUAUAGAGAGAUUUUCAUGUAAUCCUAAUACUAUAAAUAAUUGUUCUUUGAUUUGCAAAAGUGGAAACAAUUGGAAUGAAAGAAAUGUAUCUGAACAAAUGACUAAUGAAGAUGAGUCUUUUGAUUGUCCAUCUGCAGGAGACCAAAACAAUAGUGUUUUUUUAGUUCAGUGUAACGAACCCCUAUCCCAUGAUUUUACAAAUAAAGAUAAAAACUCAGAGACAGAUCAUCAAAUAAAACAAACUAUUAGCAAUUCAGAUGGACAUUCUUUAAAUAAUAAAAUAUUAAACAGAGAGCUGGUGAACUCUGUACCAAAAAGGAGUUCACAAAUUUCUAAAGAAAAUGAGUGCUAUUUACAGACUUGUUCAAGAUCAUCAGAUAAUAACACUGAUUUUUCCAUUGCCAUGGAUUUGUAUUCUCCACCCUUUAUCUAUUUGUCUGUUCUAAUGGCCAGCAAACCAAAGGAAGUUACAACAGUGAAAGUCAAAGCAUUUAUUGUAACUUUAACUGGAAAUCUCUCAAGUUCUGGUGGCGUUUGGAGUAUAACUGCAAAGAUUUCUGAUGGUACUGCAUAUCUAGAUGUAGAGUUUAUAAAUGAAAUACUUACUAGUUUGAUAGGGUUCUCAGUAUCAGAAAUGAAACAAUUAAAGAAAGAGCCUCUUCAGUACCAAAAGUUUUUGAAAGGUUUGCAGAAAUGUCAGAGAGAUCUAAUAGAUUUGUGCUGUCUAAUGACUAUUUCAUUCAAUCCUUCCUUGUCUAAAGCAGUUGUACUGUCAUUACAAGAUGUUACUGUGGAACACAUUGAGAAUCUCAAGAAGCGGUUGAAUAGUAAUUUUCUAAAAUAGAGAACAAUUCAAAACAACAAGGAAAUAUUUAGAAUUUGUUAUGAUUUUAUGUCAGAAACUUUUUGUAAAAA